AUGUCUAAAGGGUCUGAUAUGAGAAACCCUACUAAGCAUACUAGCGGCACUGAGAAUCAAAUUGAAGCGGAAAGGAGUGCCAUUGAUAAGGAACUUCAGAAGUUUGUUACCUCUUUGCUGAAGGAAGUGAACUCAGAUGUUUUUCCAGAGUUCAAACAUAUUUGGCAAAAGAAACUAGACCUGAUGGUGAUUCUAGUGAAAAAAACCGAGGAAAGUGUCCCUGAGCAUGCUGCUUAUGAAAGAAGGAGUAAGAAGAAGGCUGAUGAAUGUGUCCCGGAGCAAGCUGCUCAUGAAAGAAGAAGUAAAAAGAAAGUGGAUCAUGUUCUCAAUGUUGAUGACCUAACAUAUGAUGAGGAACCUCUUACCAACAUAAUGACUCCUAGUAUAGCCAAGAAACUUCAGAGAAGAAAAGGAAAGGUUAUGGUGUUUGAAGAUUCUCCCUCCAAGGAGAUAAAAAGAAAAUCUGGUGGUAUGAAAAGCACUCCCUCUAGAAGUUCCGUAGGAAAAUCUCUUGUUGGUCCUACUAGAUCAUGGAGUAAAGUUGUUACUCCUACUAGGAAGAGGAAAGUUGUUUCUUCUAAGAAUGCUGAAAGAUGGAAGUAUGUUAUGCAAAGGAGGGUAGCUUUAGAGAGGGAAUUGGGUAAAGAUGCCCUAAAAUGUAAGGAAAUUGUGGAGCUUAUAGAGGCUGUUGGUUUGAUGAAGACUAUCACAAAAUUUGGUCCUUGCUGUGAAAGUCUAGUCAAGGAGUUUGUGGUGAUAAUUCCUAAUAGGUGUGAUGGUGUGAAGAGUGCAGACUAUAAGAAGCUAGAGGUUACACAUGACCAAGUAUGCAAGGAGAUAACUAUCAAGCAAGUAAAACAAUGGCCAAACGGAGGAAAGUUGUCUACUGGGAAGCUAAGUGUCAAGUAUGCAAUCCUUCAUAAAAUUGGGACUACCAACUGGGUGCCUUCUAAUCACACCUCAACCAUCUCUAAUGGGCUUGGGAAGUUUAGUUAUGCUAUUGGGACAAGAAGAGCUUUUGACUUUGGGAAGUACAUUUUUGAACAAGUUAUGAAGCAGACCUUAUCAACUGCUGUGAAGAUGCCUAUAUGCUUUCCAUCACUCAUUUAUGGGAUAAUCCUUAACCAACAUCCUGGAAUCUUAUUGCCUAUUGAUAGUGUGAAGAAAAAGGAAUCUCCUUUAUCCCUCCAUUACAAACUGUUUGCUGGAACACAUGUCCCAUAUAUUGUCAUGACAUCUUCUCAGGCCUUCAUCGAAGAAAAGGAAGCUGAACAUGGUGGUGAUGACAAUGGUGGAGCUGAUGUUGAGGACUCUAUUGGUGGAAAUGAUGUUGAGACUAAUGAAGAUAAGGAAGCUAAAGGAGAGGAGUAUGUUGAUGCAAACUCAGAUAGUCAGGAAGAUAUAUGA